AUGGCGCGGGACGACCGUGGCCGAGGGGCGAGAGACGCGACGACGGUGGUGGAGACGUUGCGACGCGACGGCGCGUCGGGCGGGCGGGACGGGUGGGACGAGGAACGCGCGCGGACGAUCACGCUCGGCUACGGCGAGCUCGAGCGGGAAGUUUUGGAGACGCUGAAGGAUUUGUUGAAUCGGGGGGUGGUGGAGUGCGUCGAUGAUUCGUUACCGGUGGGUCAGCGACCGCGGUUGGCGUUUCGGAAGCGGUACAAGUUGGCGAAGGGCGUCGCGGAGGCCAUGCGGGCGAUGACGGGGGCGGGAGCGUCGACGAGCGAUGUGGAGAUUGUAGAUGAGAGUAGCGAUGAUGCGUCGGCGAGCGACGAGGACGGUUCGUCGAGCGCGAGCGAUGAUGAGGAAGAUGAUGAUGACCAUCACGAUUUCGACGAUUCGUUCGAUGAGAUCACGGAUGACGACGAGAAUCAUAACUUUUCCUUCAAUUUGGAAGAGCACGAACAGAGUGACAGUGAUGAACACACAUAUGGCACGAUGGACACGCUUCACGACCAGGUGGUCGACUUUGUGAAGAAGAAUCAAAUGUCGGAUCACGAGGUUGGGAGGAGGAAACACGUGUUCGACGCGAUUGAACGCGCGAUCGCUCGACAGUAUCUCAAUCACAAGGACUGCUCGUUGCACGUGUUCGGGAGCGGGGCCACGGGCUUGGCGCUCGCGGGGGCGGAUUUAGAUUUAGUGUUGCUAGGUGUUGGGCCGCAGUCACGCAAGGGCGGCGGUGGGGGGUUCACGAGAAGCGAGCGUGAGGAAAUCGUACAACAUUUAAGAAAGAUGGCGCGGUACUUACGGCAGGUGAACGCCGUGUCGCGAGCUGAGGUCAUCGCCACAGCGAAGGUGCCGAUCGUCAAGAUGAAGAGCGCGUCUCCACCGUACAUCGCCGUCGAUCUGUCGUUGGGAACAACGAACGGUUUGGAAGCGGUGUACUGGAUUCGCGAACAAGUCGAGACGUUCGCGGCCCUCAAACCGUUAGUUUUCUAUCUCAAGCGUCUGCUAGCGACACACCACCUAAACGACGCCUCCACCGGUGGGUGCGGAGGGUACCUCCUUGUUUCACUCGUCGUGUCUCACCUAAAGCAGACGGGCUCCGUAGGGGCGGUGAAUAGACCUGGCAUGCUCGGAGAUCUCCUUCUCGGGUUUCUUCGACGAUUCGGUAGCGUCUUCGAUUACAAAACGAAUGCGGUCGCGGCCGGGCGAGAGUCCGGAGUGAUGUCCUGCGCCGAUCUCCCUGGACCACCAUUCGGCACGAGGCCUUAUAUUAUGGCGGAAGAUCCACAAGAACGAUUCCGUUGCUUCACAGCUGCCGCGUAUCGCUUUAGAGAGGUGCAGAACUUGUUUCGUCUCGCCGCGGAGCACAUGACGGUGUCGGGCGAGCUAUCGCUUCUGAGCGACGUUGCCGCACCGGCGCCGCGCGCUACCGGAUCGUUCUUUAAGGGUGGCCAAGUUAUCAAGGUGCGAAAGGGAUCGAACGCGACGUCCCACAAGUCAGGAGCGUCGGGAUCAACGAAGACGAAACCGGGCGGAAUGAGUCACCUCUUCCGCAAGGCUAACGCAAAGAGCAGUUUCGCUGAGAACAAAGCAGACUGGACCGAUGGUGGCGGGGGUAAUCGUAAGCGCCCUCGCGCCGCCACGGCGUGGUCGUCCGACGGACAUAAAGGCCAUGGCGGCCACUCAAACGCACCCGCCAAGCGCCGCCGACUUCCCGGCAAACCCGGCGCCGGUGCCAAACCAGGCGCCAAAAAACCACCCCGAGCCGCCCGCGCCAAGUCUCCCACCGCGAAGAAGAAGAACAAACCGGGCGCCAAGAAGCGUUCGCGCUAG